UCCAUCCUUCUCACCCCUAUCUCAUCUUUUUAGCAUCCGGUGCCUCUCUUUAAGUUGAAACCAGAAUAGAGCUAAGUACAAACACUCGACGCCUUCACAAGUUAAACUCUCCACGGCAAUUCUCUUCAGAGCAUUGUGGUGCCUAUAAGACAUUUUUGUCCUUCUAGAUAUAGCAAAGAGUCCCUGGGACCCCUCUUCUUCUCAUUGUUAGUGAUCAUCAUCACCGACUCUAUAUUUUUUUCUUCUUGAAAAAAAUUACCUCGUGCCACUUUUCUUUUUUAAAGGACUCCUCUUUUACUCGAAUAGUUCUCACUGGUUUUUUCCAGUUAGAGCAAUUUUCCGUCACCAUGUUUAAGUCCCAGAACAACGGUCAACACGUCCAGGAAAGCAGCGAGGUUUACACUGCAUCGAAGAUUGAGGAGCUCAAGGCUGCGAUUGGGUCCUUAUGUGGACGCAGCUUAAAGUACUGCUCUGAUGGUUGUUUGAAGGGGUAUCUGGAAGUUAACAAUUGGAAUGUAAAGAAGGCCAAGAAGAUGUUGGAGCACACACUGGAGUGGAGAACAACCUACAAGCCUGAGGAAAUUCGCUGGCAUGAGGUUGCAAACGAAGGAGAGAGAGGGAUAAUAUACAGAGCAAGUUUUCAUGACCGACUAGGAAGGACCGUUCUCAUAUUUAGAGCUGGGGCUGCAAUUCAGAAAAUAUCUUCAGUUGAAAAUAUGAUACGAUUUAGCGUGUAUCUUCUGGAAAAUGCGGUGCUCAACUUUCCACAAGGUCAAGAGCAGAUGGCAUGGUUGAUAGACUUCACUGGAUGGUCAUUCACCAAGAGUAUGCCUAUCAGACUAUCCAGAGAGUUUAUUAAUGUUAUGCAAAAUCACUAUCCUGAUAGGCUUGCCAUAGCAUUUCUUUACAAUCCUCCUCUGGCUUUUGAAGCCUUUUUUAAGAUAAUCAAGUACUUCCUGGAUAACAAGACGCUUGAGAAGGCCAGGUUCGUGUACCCCAGAGAUAAAGAAAGCGUGGAUCUCAUGAAGUCGUAUUUUGAUGAGGAAAAUCUUCCUGUGGAAUUUGGGGGAAAAGCUACUAUGAAGUAUGACCACGAGGAAUUUUCUAGAUUAAUGACUCAGGACGAUCUAAAAUCCGCUGCGUUUUGGGGAACUGAAGACAGCCUCUCAAGCCACGUUGGUGCUGGCCAGCUCAGUGCCUAAACUUGAGUGGAGAUUAGUUACUGGUCCAUCACGUUUCUGGUACCAAACAGUUGUUUCUCAUAAACGAAGAGGUUAGUUUAUUUGGUGGUCGCGAAAAGAAGCUAGUUUAUUUGAUGGUCCCGAAAAAAGAAAAUAAAUUACUGCGGUCCAUCGAACUCAAUCCAGUUAAUUACUAUCAAUACAUGUAUGUUUCUGACUACAGAAUGUACUGAACUGUAAAAGCUGCCAUGUCAAUUGGCCAGAAUACGAAUUAAUUUGAUCUA